ACCAUGCCACCUAACCUUCCCUGUUCUUUAUCACAAAGGCGUCCCUUCCGAGGCCAGUACGACUUUCGCCUUGACUUUGAUGGCAAAGGAUCUGCGAAGGAUUACAAAUUCUAUGCUGAUGAGACUGGACGUCGAGUCAUUUUCGUAAACAGAGACCGGCCCUUUGUCAUGAGGGCUCUCUUUCGAUUACCACUCACACCGCUCAACCUCUACAUUCGCGUUGUGCCACUCUAUAUCGCUCAUGCUAGGCGUAACGAAGUGGUUUGCAGGUGGUUAAUCACUAGCUGUUAUCGUGCUCAUCUUUCUUCGUCCUUUCCUCCCCUCGCCCCUCCAAAACUAAUGGAUAGGUGCGCGAAUCAUGUGCACCAAUUAGGGACACCUACAUCAGGCGCGUCUAAAUCAGCUUCGGAGAUGGAAGCCGCGGAUGCGUUGCGCAGUUUCAUCACAGUUCAAUCACCAUUGGCACGCUACUGUCGCCUUCAGGGCCACCUAACGAUUCUCAUACCCAUCGACCGACAAGAGAUGGCACUGGGUCUUAGACCCCCACCCGAACAUCGUGCCAACCGCUGUCACAGGGAGGUGAAGCAGUCGGAGAGAGAAGGGGGAAGGCUGGGUAGUGGAGUGUCGGUGCAAAUUUCAACGUCACCAUCUCAUUCUCAGUUGGUCUCUCAGUCCCCCUCCAGCUACCCCAUGGGGGUGGCCGCUGAAAGCAUUGUUUGUCGUAUUGGAUGCUACACAAGCUGUUUGGGUGGUCAGGCACGUGGUGCUGUGGAACUGGUUGUACGACUGGAAGAAAUGUCCAGCGAUCCUCUACAACCACCCUCGGUACUGGGUCUCGACUGCGUGGAGGUACACUGUUCCUCAACUCCAGCUCGCGACAUUCGCAUGUACACGGAGAAUGCAACCUCAUCCACCCAUUUUAAACCCUCCACCAUCAUCAGAGGCAGUAGUGCUGGUAACAGGAGCAGCGGUAGUCGCCGCCAUGGCCGCCGCGGCCUCUCUGAGCCCUCAAUUUCCACACGUACCAAACAGCGUCUCACGCAGGUUGGCGCAAACGCGCGUACGACGACUGACUUCGGUAGUAGUGGGCGCGAAGGUGCAGCAAACUCUUCUGAAGUCGUUCCUCCUUCGCUCUCUCCCUCUGACGCUUCCUCAAUUUCAAAUUCCGCCUUUAUUGAUGUGCCGAUAGGAGGAAGUAGUGGUGGGCCAAGACAGCGUUUUUAUCUGGUGGCAACCAAGUCGAAGGAGAGGGCAGCUCAACUGCGAUUGAUAGAUGAUGCUUUCGCGGCGUUUGAUGGUGUGCAAAUGAGUUCCAGCAAGUUUAUGGCUUACCGAGAGGAUUGCUUAAUGGCGCAGUGCAUCGCGUGA